AUGAUUCUCUGCACUGCCGAACCAGAAGCUUUGUCAAAGCAAUUUAAAGACGAACCAAUUGUUCAAUUGUCGUCGAAUGUCGAUGACAAUCGUAAAGCUGUGAAGGAAGCUGAUGUUAUCAUCUUGGGUCUCAAACCAUUUAUGUACGAGGAGGUUUACGAACAGGUCAAAGAUUCACUCACUGGCGACCAACUCGUGAUCUCAUUGAUGGCUGGUGUCACUAUCAAAGAGUUGUCUAUAUUCACCAAAUAUGUUGCCAAAGUUAUGACCAAUACACCUGCCAGGUACGGAUGUGGAACUGCGGCAAUUUCAUUUGCACCGGCAGUAACCAAGGACCAACAAGACCUUGUAAAGAAGUUGAUUGAGCCCAUUGGAUUGACUGUCACCAUUCCAGAAAAGAAUAUGGAUAUCGCCACCUCAUUGAUUGGUUCCGGUCCUGCAUUUUGUCUAUUGAUGAUGGAGUCGAUGAUUGAUGGAGCAGUGAGAAUGGGUAUGUCGUAUGAUGUGGCAAGGAUCUCCGCUGCAAAAGUGAUGGAAGGAACGGCAAAGAUGUUGAUUGAAACGGGGGACCAUCCCGCCGCAUUGAAAAGCAAAGUUUGUACACCAGGAGGAACCACUAUUGGAGGCUUGUUGAAAAUGGAGGAUGGUGCAUUGAGAAGUACAAUUGCCAGAGGUAUUGAAGAAGCAGCAAACAUUUCAGCUUCCUUUGCCAAGAAGUAA